UUCCUUGUUGUGGGAAAGAUGGUGCUGGUGAUGAUAAAGCUGGGUGUGAGGUAGUGCAGGUGACAGGGAGGGGAAAGGUGGUAGGGAAGCUAGGGGCCCAAUGGUGAGGGCUAUGCUAAGCAGAGGUUCGUAUAUUCCCUCCCCAACUCCCCACAUUUUAGCAGCUGCAGGUAAUGAGAGAAAUCCCCUGGGCUUCAAGGGAUCUGGGCAAAAUUGACAUGCCAGGCUUGGUGGAAAUCCUAAGCAAGACAUCAAUCCAAUGGACCAGGCAGAGGGGCAGAAGGCAGGUAGACUCCACAGACUGGAGGCCGGGACCCAGGCCAGGGCAGGAGCUUGGAAUCAGAGCGGAGGGAGUGGGGUCUCAGGGCAGGCCCUGAGCAGUGUGCCUCAUCCUAGGAGCUUCCCCAGGCUGCCCACAGCCUCCAGCACGGGUGCUGGGCGAAGCAUCCUGUGCUAUUGAAAUAAUGCCAUGAGUACCCUUGGCAUGUAAUGAGCUCAGUGGACUCCGUGCAAAUCGAACUUCUACAUCAGGCCAUCGCGCAGAGGUUCAAAGCACAGGCUUUGGACUCAGGCCGACUUUAUACGUUCUGGCUUUGCCACUUACUAGCUAUGGUUACCCAGCACCUAAGCUCAGUCACUUAAGCUCUCCCCACCUCAGCUUCCUCAUCUGUAAAAUGGGAAUGAAUGACAUCAGUCAGAUGCCAAGGGUGAGCCCAGACAGGAAAAUGGCCAGUGGCCAUGGCAAGGGCCAGAUGCAACUCCCACCCUGUUGGCUGGGUGAAUUCCAUGCCCGGGACGGAGAGCACAAGACCGCCCCUAGCCUUGCCUCCCUCCACGAUCCUCAGGACCCUUGCAUACCGCACCCCCAUCUCUGUCCUCUCUUGCUAAAGGGGUUCAGCCUUUCAGCAUCCCCCCAGGCUCUGUGGCCCUCAACCAUGAGCUCUUUCCAUGAAUAGGGUAACGCGUGUGCCCCGGUCAUUGCCUGCCACCAAGACUGCCCCAUCCCUGUCUUUACCCUUUGCCCUCUAAAUGAGGAAGCCAGCGCUGCCAGGCCAAGAACUUCUGCCCAAUUUGGGUCUUGGGUGGCCUCUGGCCUCCCUCUUCCCCGGGUCCCCUGGCCAACUCCUCCCUCCCCUCAGGGAUGCUCGCUGCUCACUUCAUUCCUGCUUCAUAGUUGGAAUGACAGUGGCUCCCAGCAUCCCUGGGUGCCGGGGGUCUGGGGAGGCCGCCAGGCCCAGCAGCAGGUUAGUGUUUCAGCCCUGGAUGAGUGAGCCAGGCCAGCUGACGUCAGGGUGAUGAAGGGCAGCGGGGCGGGCCAGGCUGCUGAACUAUAAAGAUAGGUCAAAUCGAGCAGAACCAACUCGGGUCGGAGUGAGCGGGCCAGCUAGACCGCGUCCCCAAGCCAUGGUCCGUACCGGCCGCGGCUCAGCCCGGGUCCCUCUGCUCCAGACCCGAGUGCCCAGAGCAGGCUUUCGUUUCAUGUCAGCAGCCUUCAACUGCCUUCCAAAAAUAAGCCCCUGCCGCCAUGCGGAGGGGAGGAAAACAAGAAGGGCGGUAUUUUUAGGGCCAUUAAUUCCGACCACGUGCCUGAGAGGCAAGGUGGAUGGCCCUGGGACAGAGGCAGCUCAUCACUAUGUCCCGGGGAGCAGGACGUCUGCAGGGCACGCUACGGGCUCUCGUCUUCCUCGGCGUCCUCGUGGGCAUGGUGGUGCCCUCCCCUGCGGGCUCCCGCGCCAACAGCACGCUGCUGGCUUCGAGGGGCUGGGGCACCCUGCUGUCCAGGUCUCGGGCUGGGCUGGCUGGAGAGGUUGCUGGCGUGAACUGGGAAAGCGGCUAUUUGGUGGGGAUCAAGCGGCAGCGGAGGCUCUACUGCAACGUGGGCAUCGGCUUCCACCUCCAGGUGCCCCCCGACGGCCGGAUCAGCGGCACCCACGAGGAGAACCCCUACAGCCUGCUGGAGAUUUCCACAGUGGAACGAGGCGUGGUGAGUCUCUUUGGGGUGAAAAGUGCCCUCUUCGUUGCCAUGAACAGUAAAGGAAGAUUAUACACCACGCCCAGCUUCCAAGAGGAGUGCAAAUUCAGAGAGACCCUCCUGCCCAACAAUUACAACGCCUACGAGUCAGACCUGUACCGAGGCACCUACAUCGCGCUGAGCAAAUACGGGCGGGUGAAGCGGGGCAGCAAGGUGUCCCCGAUCAUGACCGUCACUCACUUCCUCCCCAGGAUAUAAGGACCCUGAAGGAAGGCUCACAGGUGGAAAGCAAUGUCUUUUCUGUUGGAAUUUUGCACAAGUGAACAAUUCCCCCCUCCCCCCAUGCCCCCCUAUUCGGGCUCCUUUUAUGCCUGGGGGGACCUGAGUCGGUUCCCUUGGCCACCGGACCCCAUGACACGUGACCCACCCAAGCGAGGGGUUGCAGCCGGCAUCCUAGAAUGGCAAUGGAUCCCAUGCUCUGACCUCAUCUGAGGAAAGACGGUCCAGAGACACUUGGGGGGUGUGACCUUGGGCACAGGAAAAGGCAGGGAGGAAGCGUGUGUGUGCGCUGAUGCGUAUCUGUACAUCUUGGUAUAUAUCGUCAGAACCAAGGCAUCUCGGAACAGCAGGCUCCUUCCUCCCGGGGUCAUCGCUUCAGGAAUCUGCCUGCAGGAAUGUCACCUGUCAACCCAGCAGGAUUGACACGUGCUCCCGUUCUGCCUCUUUCCAAUCACCUUUCCAUUCAGAGGCCACUGACUGCGCGGGUUGCAUGGAGGUGGGGGCAGCAGCUGUCCUCUAAGUGCAGGGAGGGCAGGGUGCAGGCAGUAAGAUUUAGCUGCUGACCAGAAGGAGUGGGCAGGUACUCCGGGCAUCCUGCGUGUGAGGGCUCUGGGGACACUGGGACACAUCGUCAGGGAGGCUGGGGGAGAAGGGAUCCCCCUCUCAGAGGAAAGGGUAGAGCAGCGUCUCUGGCAGCGGGGGGAAACCUGCUCGAAGCAGCGGGAGAGACUGAGUGUUCUAGAGAGAGCCUUUCUGCCUGGAAGUCAGUGCUGCGCGUAGCUCGAGAACAAGCUGGGGCCAGGCUGCCUGCCCAUAAUUUUUCCUCACCUUGAACCAGGUCUUAUUUUAACCUCAGAUGACAGGGAUCCUAAUAAUGGCAACCUCUUUGGCGAGGGUUGAGGGGGUACAAAAUAGGCCACGAAGGAAGUAGAGAGGCUUUGGACUACAGAUGCUAAUUCCUUUCCAGCAACGUCCAGGAAACUCACCCAAGUUCUCAUCUGAUACUCUCACUUCCUUCUCGGGCGUCCUCUGCCACAUGCGCUGGUGCCUGGGCGCAGCGGAAUGGGGCAUCGUGACCUCCGGAGGUUGCCCCCUCUGACCCCCCUACAGUAGGAGAGGAGUGAUAAUCCCGUGAAACAGAGCAGCCCAGCUGAAGCAGCUCCUUGCCGUACCAUGCCUCCUUGCCUCCUGUCCUCGGAGAGUAUUUAAAGAAGAGGUGCCCCAAGCGACUAUAAAUGUUGUCCUCCUGGAGCCUUCAGAUUCCUGAACCAUUGGAACGUUCCUAAACCUGAAACAAGAGAGACCCGUAUCAGAGCACAGAUAUUUUCAGUGUCUGUGGCUUUGCAGAACGAGCUGACACCCUCUGCGACUCUCGGGGGCCCCAGCCUGCGAGACAAGCCCUCAUCUGCUGCAAAUACCUUCGCCUUUGACAUACCUCUCUAUUUGCAGAGGUGGCCAUCUAUAGAUUGACCUGAGAUGAGCUGAGGAUAGAGGCUGGCGAUCCAAGGAAGAGACGCCCUACCGGCUGCCUCCCCUGCCUGGCACAUAUCAGGGCAGGUGCAUGCUGGGGGAGGAAGGAAAGGCUGCACCACGGGGGGCGAAGACGGAACGGACAGUAAGAGCUCAGGACGAGAGUGGUGAAACCUUGGAUAGAAACUGGACCGAGUUGAGGUCUUGGUCAAGCAGAAGGGGGAGAAAAUUGGUCCAUCUUGACUGUUCAGAAGAUUUCAAGUGUAGGUCUGCUUGGAGGCAGGGGACAAAGCUGAUUGUUUUUCAGGAGGUCUUGUCCUGAGUAACUGGUCUUUUUUAACAGGGUACCUCGGAAACAGAUGCUCUCAGGACCUGAGCUGCAUGUCAGUUCCAGAUGAGACGUGGUGGGCAUGUAGGAGGGCUGGGUGGACGGAUGGACCGCGAUCUGGAGAGGAGAAGAAAGUCACAGGUCCCAAACCGUUCAUUCCCUUCUUCCCAGGUCUUGAGCUCCCUUGCAGGAGAGACUCUUCUAAAGAGAGUCGAGAGCCUUCGGAUGGUUAGAUCUUUCCUGCAACUCCCUAAAGGCUUAUAAAAGUGCCCAGAUCCUGACCAGGAGUUUCCCCAAAUGUCCACUCCCAUCUCUCGUGUUAGGAGUGAGAAUGAGAAACUCUGAAAUCCCAAAGCCAGCCGGGCUUGAUACCCGUCACUCUAGCAUACGGGUUGUCUAAGGUUGGCAUCACUAUGGGCAGCUGGGCGUCUGUUCUCACUGGUACCAGGGCCGUGCUGUACCAGUGGGUCCAUACUUUGAAGGUCACCUCUGGAGGUAGGGAUGCAUCACUGAGUGUUUCAAAUCCUUCCCAUCCAAAGGAAUUCUCCCAAGGGCUUUCGCUUUGACCUGUGAGUGACUUAGACUUAGGAAAAGUCAAUCCCCAUCCGCAGAAGUGGGUUACGGGGCGGGAACAGAGUGAGAUCAGCACAGGUGUGCAGAAUCCUCUCCUAGCUGAUCCCCAUCUGAGUUCUGAACUCACCUGUCAGCCCCAUCGGACCCAAAAGGCUGCAGAAGAGGUGGCAGAAGCAGGAGAACAGGGGUGUCCCCACCUUCCCACUGAGGAUGUACUAAGAAUGACUUGGGUCUUCCCUCCCUCCCCCAGAUCCUGAGCUUUGACCCUGGUUCAUAGAGUUUUGUAGAUAACUGGCCUCUCUUCCUUCCUGAACCUUCUCUAGCAGCUCCAUGCAAAGGUGGGGCUCCAGGAGCCCAGAGGCUGCCUUAUUCCCUCUUCAAGAGCAAACGAUGAAGAAGAGAGCAACACACGUGCACCCCUUGAGAUGGCUUCCUAGCUGGGACGAGGUUAGCUCAGAACAAACUGGGGGCCCAGGACCACAAAGAAUCGGCACCCUCCUCGCGGGGCCGUGGAUAGAGCUCAGAGGAAACCAGAAAAUGCCCUGCUAGUUCCUGCUGUUGACUACAGUGACCAUUUGCUGCCUUCUAAGCCCUUCCCUCCCCGCUUCCCAGAUGGGUUUGCACCUCCCUGGGAAAGCAGCUUAUAGCUUUGUGAUGGAUACCCUGCGGUUCUCCUUCACAGCCUCCUCUCCGCCCCCACGUCCCCUGCACCUCCUGCGCACAUAGCCCAAGCCCCCAGUCAGAGCCGUUCUAUGGCUUAAGAAAAAGGGGAUUUUCUCCUUCCUCCAUCCAGGCUGUAAACCUCUCUCCUUAAGACGCACUGCUUUCUCCCCAGGCCUGGAAUUCUCUCCCAGCCCCAUCCGACCCGGGACAGCUGGGGUUCUCCUGCUCAGGCUGGCUCUGGUCCUCUCUUGUCCAGGACCUCGGAUCUUUCAUAUUCUGAUCCUACAAGGGUCCUGGGGGAGGAAGGAAACACAAAAGGCCGUGAGCUGUCGGUCUCCUUCUCCCCGGGGUUGGACAUCCAUUGCCUCGGCCCACUUUGGACCACAGCCACUCGUACAAAGCAAAUGCGUCUGGCCUCCAAGACACCAGGAUGUCCUCUCUGCCCUCCCUUUCCUUUUUUGCCCCUUUUCAGUGGACACAAGCUAGAAAACUCCUACAUAUUUCUAUCCCAAUGCUUUCCCCCAAGGGCUCUGUGUCUCUUGCCACAGAGAAGGUAUUCUCUGCCACCCGCCAUUCGUGCACCUGUGAAGUGGGUCUCUAAUACUUGCCCCCCACCUCUCCUCCCAGCAAGAACCCAGCCACUCGUUCUGCUACCUCCCAGGAAAACUCCAAUGGUAGGAAUGUUUGGGUCAGGGCCGGAAGGAUGGAUAGAAACACUUCAACCUGCACUUGCCCCUCAGCUGGUGUUUGCUCUUCCCAGGACGGGAGGGAGCGGUAAUCAUGCCCAGAACAUCCCGAAUCUAGUCCCUCCUGCGGGUAGCUAACGCAGACCCACGUUUGGAUGCCUCAUGAACUACCAAAAUUCCACCAUCCGGACAGCCGCGUCUUUGCACGGGUUUCCCUUUCUGAAAAUCCAUCAGUACCUCAGGCUGGGUCCCAGGGCAGAGCUGUCCUCAAGCUUGGGUCUAGUGGGUAGGAAAACUCAGACUUUGUUCAGUCACGUGUUUGUAAGAUGUGAGGCUUCUAUUUUUUUAAUAUGUAUGUGCUGUGCACAAACCGUAUCGUGUUCCAGCAACAAAGGAAAAGCUCUUUUUAUACGAUCCUCUAAACUGUUUGACUCCACCCCUCUUCCUCUAAACUGUUUGACUCCAUCCCUCUUCCUCUAAACUGUUUGACUCCACCCCUCUUCCUCUACACUGUUUGACUCCACCCCUCCUAUUAAAACCGACGACGCAUCUCUG